CUCUCCUUCACUUCACUGCAACCUUUCUCUCUUUCUCUCACUCUCUUUUUCUCACCCAUGGCUACCUUUCCAAAACCCCUCCUUUCCCUCAUUCUCCUCAUCCUCAUCUCCUCCCUCCAAAUUCAAGCGAGGGAUAGCCAGUUCUUCGGCAAGGUAUCCCGCUACAACACCGUUCAAGAAACAGAAUCCGUAGAAAAACAAGUCCCCACCCCAAAACAAGAAGAUGUCAUCCCGCAAAGCCGACAUGGUUAUGGCCUCUACGGCCAUGACUCUGAAAAAUUCACCCCCACCACAACCAACUCCAAUUCAGAGUUCAAUACUGUAAACUCUCCAUCAAAAUUCUCAACUGAAGAGUACAAUGGUAGCAACUCACCAUCCAAGUACUCUACUGAGGAAUACCCAAAUGACCAAACCUACAAGAACAAAGAGUCCACCACCACCUACCCCAACAGCCAGUACGAAAACGAACAAACGUACAAGAACAAAGAGUCCACCACCAGCUACCCCAACACCGAGUUCGAAAACGAGCAGCGCUACAAGAACAAAGAGUUCACCAACAGCUACCCCAACAGCCAGUAUGAAAACGAGCAAAGCUACAAGAACAAAGAGUCCACCACCAGCUACCCCAACAGCCAGUACGAAAACGAGCAACGCUACAAGAACAAAGAGUCCACCACCAGCUACCCCAACAGCCAGUACGAAAACGAGCAACGCUACAAGAACAAAGAGUCCACCACCAGCUACCCCAACAACCAGCAGUACGGCAUGAGCGACACCAGAUUCCUGGAGCAUGGAAAGUACUACUACAACGUCAACGCCAACGAUAAUUACCGAAAUGGGUAUGUUUCUGGGAAGGGAAUUAAUCAGGGGUACGAGUCCUCCACGGACGUCGAUCCUAAGAAUAAGUACAAUAACAGAGGUUAUUAUGGUAAUAAUGAGAAUGCCUAUGAGUAUAACAAUUCCAUGGAAGGGCAACAAAACCGUGAAGACGAAAAUGAAGAGGAGUUUCUACCAUAGAUUGUUCGGUCCAUGAUCAAGCAUACAAAGGAAUGGAAAUGAUAUUUGAAGAAUUAGUUCAUCAUCAAACUUAAAUUAUGGGGAGUAUUUAUCAUUAGAUCUUUUAAAGUUUAAGUUAUGGAGGAUGUUUGUUUUGUGAUUUUGAUUGCACUCGUAUGGUUUUUUUUUUUUUUUUUUUUGCAAUGUAUUUGCAUUUAGUGGUGGAAAAUCUAAUAAAAUGUAUACUUUGAAAUCA